AGAGACGGAAAGCUGCAGUAAAGUUUGGGGGAGGAGGUGCGGAGUAACAUCUCUCUCUUCGUCCACACGCUCUAUCACUCCCCAUUUCUACCUUUUUCUCUCCCUCCCACCAUAGUUCUCUCUCAUAUUCAGUCACAGCGGAGCUCAGGCUGGGAUAACGGUGUUAUCUGGGAAAUAUGCCGGCGGUUGGAGCCGUGGGAGUCGGGCUGCUCUGCGCGCUGCUUUUUGCCCUGAUUCCUGGUGGCAUGUCGGACUUGGUGACUCUGGUGCAGGAUCCAGUCCGUCCCGAAUCGUCCCUGCUGAAGCCUAAAGUUAUGAUCGCCAUUCUGGCUCGCAACGCUGCGCACAGCCUACCGUACUACCUGGGCUGCAUCGACAGGCUAGACUACCCGAAGGAGCGGAUAGCUAUUUGGGCGGCGACAGACCACAGUGUGGACAACAGCACAGCCAUGCUGAGGGAAUGGCUAAAACAGGCCCAGGACCAGUACCACUACGUGGAGUGGAGACCCAUGGAGGAGCCCAGGUCCUACACAGAUGAGUGGGGCCCCAAGCACUGGCCCCCGUCGCGCUUCAACCAUGUGAUGAAGCUGAGGCAGGCCGCUCUGAAGGCAGCUCGAGAACGCUGGGCAGAUUACAUAUUGUUUGCAGACAGUGAUAACCUUCUGACCAACCCCAGAGUCCUGACCCUGCUCAUGGCGGAGAACCUGACUCUGGUGGCCCCCAUGUUAGAGUCCCGCUCUCUCUACUCCAACUUCUGGUGUGGCAUCACUCCACAGGGUUACUACAAACGUACCCCAGACUACCAGCCAAUCAGGGAGUGGAAACGUCUGGGUUGCUUUGGCGUACCCAUGGUGCACUCUACCUUCCUGCUGGACCUGAGGCGUGAUGCCAGCCUGGCGCUGGCCUUCUACCCCCCACACCCUGACUACAGUUGGUCCUUUGAUGACAUCAUGGUGUUCUCUUUCUCCGCCCGGCAGGCAGAUGUUCAGAUGUAUGUGUGCAAUAGAGAGCACUAUGGCUUCCUGCCGGUUCCUCUGAAGGCCUCCCAAAACGUUGAGGACGAGAAGGAGAGUUUUACACACACUAUCGCUGAGGCCAUGAUUGACCACAACAUAACACCCUCAGAGUAUCUGUAUAAUCCUCACAUGCCACAGGACAGGAUGGGCUUUGAUGAGAUCUUCCUGAUCAAUCUGAAACGUCGUAUGGACAGGAGACAGAGGAUGUUGAACACCAUGGCCUCUCUGGGUCUGCAGGCUACCCUCACUGAUGCGGUGGACGGCAAGGCUCUGAACACGUCUCAGCUGCAGGCAUUGGGUAUAGAGAUGAUUCCAGGUUAUAAGGACCCAUACUCUGGACGUGUUCUUACACGAGGAGAGAUCGGUUGCUUCCUCAGCCAUCACUCCACUUGGGUUCAGAUGGUUGAGCGGGGUCUAUCCAAGGUUCUGGUGCUGGAGGACGAUGUGCGAUUUGAGCCAAGGUUUAAGAGGCGAAUGAUUACAAUCAUGGAGGAGAUAGAGAAGGUCCAGCUGGACUGGGAUCUCAUCUAUGUGGGGCGGAAGCGUAUGCAGGUUCGGCAGCCGGAGCGUUCGGUGGAAGGGGUUAAUAACCUGGUGGAGGCUGACUACUCCUAUUGGACGCUGGGCUAUGCCCUGUCAUCACAAGGUGCCAGGAAGCUGCUGGCGGCUCAGGCAUUCAGCAAGAUGUUACCUGUCGAUGAGUUCCUCCCUGUUAUGUUCAACAAACACCCAAAUUCAGACUUCAUGUCUCACUUUGAGCGUCGGGACCUGAAGGCCUUCUCUGUGGAGCCCUUGCUGAUCUACCCCACUCACUACACGGGCGAGCCGGGCUACGUCAGCGACACGGAGACCUCCACCAUCUGGGACGACGAGGCCACCGCCACGGACUGGGACCGGCAGCACCAGCACGCCGGGAAGAUGGAGCAGCAAGGCCGGAUUCACAGCGUGGCCCAGAACAGUGUGACAGGAGACUCCCCUCCACCCGCCGCGCGCUCAACACGAGACGAAUUCUGAGGAGGGAGAGACAGAGACUUGGGAAUGUGUUUACACACGGGCAUACUGUACGCAAGGACACGGCUGUUCAAACAGCCACUCACACGGGCAUACUGUACGCAAGGACACACCUGGUCACACAGCCACUCACACGGGCAUACUGUACGCAAGGACACAUCUGUUCACACAGCCACUCACACGGGCAUACUGUACGCAAGGACACACCUAGUCACACAGCCACUCACACGGGCAUACUGUACGCAAGGACACACACCCACUCACAUGGGCAUACUGUACACAAGGACACACAGCCACUCACAUGGGCAUACUGUACGCAAGUACACACCUGGUCACACACCCACUCAUACGGGCAAUACUGUAAGCAAAGACAAACCCACUCACACAGGCAUACUGUACGCAAGGACGGACCUGGACACACCCACUCACGCACAUGGACGAAUCACAUGCACAGACUCAAAUCGCGCGUGCACGCAUGUGCACGCACGUGCACACACACACACACACACACACUUGUGUGAUAACAAACAAACAGAAAAACACACACAUUCAACUGCACACACAGUCAACCGCUCAGCUCAACGCUCUUUAUCUGCUGGCUAAUAGCAUAACAGCAGGCUGAGAUGUGAAUCCCAUUGGCUGCCUGGUGAGGAGCGGAGUGGUCUGGGCAAGGAUCAGGAAGUGGGCUGCAGAACCAAGUUUAUUUAUUACACAUGCGCUCUUUGUAGUCAGACACACGCAUGCUUUACACACAUUACACCUACACACACCAUCCAGCCCCACACACACAUUUAGAAUCCGAGAGUGACCUUGAAGAAAUGCAAAGAGGGACUGGACAAAUGUGAGUCUGGGAUGAACUGGGACACUGCAACAUGUGGAAGACACAUUUAGCUGUUGGCAAUUCCGCAGUAACACUGACAAAUCAAUGUUUUUCUGUUGUUAAAAAUGAUGAUUAUUGUAAUUUAAAAAAUAGCAGAUGUGGUUUUAUGGGCAGUCCAGGGAAUAAAGGAAUCUUGCAGCUGUCUGAA